GCCCAUUUGCGGAUCACGGGGUUCGAUUUCGCCAUCUGUGCCCGCUUCUCCUCGGGCUGGUCUUGGACGGAGGCAUGGCUUCGGGACUGGCGGGCCCUUUCCCCAGCAGCCAAGAAGAGAGCGGGACUCUGCUUCAAUCGGGCAGGGAAGCCCUGGGCUAUUUCCGAGAUCAACCUCAGCGCUCAGGAGGCCUUUCGCGAGAUGUUGCAGGAGCCGGCGGAUAUGACCACAUAUAGCUGGCGCCGACUGCUCCCUACCGUGGGCCAGCUUCUUCGCCUUUCUCCGCAAGAGCAGCUGGCUUUGGGGGAUUGGGCCAGCAGCAAUCCGGAAGGUAACCAGAUGCUGUUCCCCGCGGACCUUGCGGUGGCCCGAGCCGAGGACUCCUGGCAAACCGGAGGCAACCCAUGUCGCAUCGUGGGGAUUUCCUGGGCCUCGCGCACGACAUGUCCCGUGCUCUCUCUGACGGUGUGGUGCACUUUUGGCCGCGCGAUAGGUCAAGCCGCCAAGCUCUACGGCAUCCUGAACUUCUUCGAGCAGGGGGUGUAUGGCAAAGUCGGGGCAGGGAGCCUCUGGGCCAUUAAAGAGCGACAGUACGAGGCGACCACGCAGCUUACGCCCGACAUCCGGGACAACUUCAGGUACAUUCGCGCCAUCGUUCGAGCUAGGCCCCAAAGGCAGCUACCGGUGGUACCGCUGCCAUGCGAUCGUUUUGUGUGUGCUUCGGACGCAGCCGAGGAGCCGGACACCGGAGGUACCG